AACACGGAGGAUUGCAUAUAUAUACUUCCUGAUGCAAAUGUAUUUCAAUGUCACAUCUAUUUUUUGAAAUUUUUGCUUAAAUUUGGUAAAACUUUCCACUUCUUAGUACUAGAAAAUGUUAUAGAAGCUAUCCGAAAACAAAGUAGAAAUGCUUGUUUCCAGAAAAAGAAGUGGGCAAAACUAGCAUUGACUUUCAUAUCCCGACAUAUUAGAAGCGGUGUUGUGUCUAUUGUCCAAAAUCCAAUUGAACAAAAUAACACUGGACAUUUUUUUGUUGUUGAAUGUUGCUUAAAGCUGGUCGAAGAAUAUGAUAAAAUUAUACUUCUGAGCAAUUACGAACAUCUAAAAGUACAUGAAUAUGCAGAUAGAUUAUUAAUCCUAACCGUUAAUGAAUUGAAAUCAAUAGUUAAUACUUUUGGGAAUGCAAAUUUAAUUAGAAACAAUUUAUUUCCGAAAGAAAGAUGCCAGGAUGAGUCUAUGCAACGUGUCUCAAAUGAGCACAUUGAAUCAGAUUAUGAUAUGAUUGAAGAAAAAUUACCAAAGCUAGAACCUACUAAAGUUAGUAUAGGAGUUGAAACUUGCAAAAUUAUUGAAGAAAAAAAUACAGUUGAUGCUAGUGUUCAAACUGACUUGGAUUCUGAAUUACUUACUCGUAUAUUAAAUAUAGAAAGUGUUAAAACUAUUCUUGCCGAUUCUGUAAAAUUAAAGGAAAUGCUAGACAAAGAAAAUUUUAAUUCAUUUUUAAAAGAUUGGGACGUUAAUUUAAAUUCACCGAAAUCGGUUACAAAAAAUAAAGAAAAUAAUGCGAGCCAGAGAAAUUUCAAAUGGCGUAGAAAACGUCCUAGAAGUCUUGUUGAACAGAAAGAAGGAAUACAACAUUCAGUCACUAAAAACUUAAUGGUACAAAUACCUAAAGAAAUUGUAUGUUCUGUAGUAGGAAAACAGUUCCGUAAUAAAUGUAAUCCUAGCGCCAAUGAUGUAACACCAACGGACGGUUCUUCCACAUCUGGCAUUGUAUCUACUGCACCAAGUCCUAAUGAUUACUGGACUGAAUAUGAGAAUAAUCGAAAUGUACUCGUCACUUCUGUUGACAAAGAAAGUGAAAUAGACAUUAAUAAUGUGAUGUUCGAAGUGACAAGUACAGCUAUGAAUGAAAAUUUGAAAUCUCGUAGCGAUGAAUGGGUGUCGCGUUUUGUUCAAAUAAUGGAAGAGGUUCUUACACAAGUAUUACAGAAAAAUCCCACACAAUCUCCCAAUGUGUUAGCCCCACCAUGGACUCUCUUUGAAGCAACCACUUGUAUUAAAAUGAAAUAUCGUAAGGACCGUGAUAUAGUCGAUGCUGGAAAUAAAUUGACCAAUACUCUUACAAAGAUUAGUGAUAAAAAAGGAACAGUUAAUAUUCAUCUGACUCCAAAACAGUAUAUGGAAAUGUACAGUUAUGGUGUUUAUUUGAUUGAUACCCUACAGGCUGCUUUUGAGGGCUGUGAAGAUUUACAAACUGCUUCUGAAUCACUAUCGAAAUUGUUAUACGAUAUUGAGCAUCCAAAUCUAUCAACUAGUCAAAAUGAUGCAUUUAUCGACGUACAAGACGAAAUUAUCGUAAAUACCAGUACCACAAAUAAAGAGUCAAAAGAAAAGACACUCCUGACCAAUAACGAAGAUUCAUUAGUUCAACAAAAAAAACAAAUAGACUUAUCUCCAGUACCUUCUCCAUCAAAGCGCAAGUUAAGAUUAAAAUUUAAAAAUAAAGUUGAAAGAGUCAAUGAUGUUAAAAAUAUAGAGAAAGCCGAAAGUAAAACCUCAUUGCCAUCUACAUUGGAUUCAAAGAAUUACAAUGAUGUAUGUGAAAAGGAAAGUUUAAAGUGUUUUAUAAAUGAGGAGCCUCACACACCACUUUAUGAUCCACCAACAUUAGACGAAGUCCAAACACUCAAAAAUAUAACAACUGAAUCUCCAAUGAAUGUUGCAAUGACAACAAACACUAAUAAUGAUUCAAAACAACCAAAAAUAAUUAUAAAUUUCACUCAAUGUGCGGAAUAUGAAGAAAAACUUAAGAUUAAAACAUUAGAAUUAAAUGAUACUGAUGAAGAGUCUUAUUUAGAUAAUGAUAAUGAUUAUACAUCCGAUGAUGAAUACAAUCAUUAUGAAAGUAAUAAGGAAUGGCCGAAUGAUAAUAAGCAUUUCAAAUUUGAAAAUAUUUUUAAUGUUAUAUUUCUAGAUAUCAGACAAACUUUUAUCAUUGUGUUUGCAUUUUGUAUGACGUGUCAAAAGGCUAUAAACAUAUCUGAUCCUGAUAGAAAAUUAUUAGAGGCCAAAGAAGUUUAUUCUAAAAUAACUAACAUUUGUAAUAUUCUGAGCAGAAUCAUUAAGCGAGAUGACAAAUUAUUUAUGUCACAAAUUGCUGAAGUUUUAAAGGCAGAAGAUGUUAUGGAAGAUUUUAAAUUUGAUGAAAGCGAUUUAAGAAAAUACAAGGAAAUAAGUACAAAAUAUUUGGAGCAAGCCAAUUCUCUUCGCGAAUGUCUAGAAACAAUAAUCAGACAUAUGUCUUGAUUUAUUUAAUUUUAAUCGCGUU